CUUAAGUUAAAGUUUAAAAACGAGUUAAUUUCACCUAUAUUCAAACGUGUGUUCUUAACAGUCAAAUAUAUCGAAAUAAGGAUUAAUUAUUAUUCGUUUUUAGACAAUAUUUUAGAAAAUUUAAAGCUGCGUCUGUUACAAAAAAAUGGAUUAAAAUCAACAGGAAAAGAGACAUAAAACAUUACUAUAAACAUAACAAAACUGGGAGAAUGUCGUCUUUAGAGUGUAUUUCGAAACAAAUUGGAAUAUUACUAAUUUUAGCAUAUGUGGUGAACGCGGGAGAAUAUUGCUAUACCCAAGACAGUCAUGACGUGACUGAAGAAUAUUGUGAUGGUUAUUGUUGCUCAUCAGAGGAUGACGGCUGUUGCAGUGAUUGGGGAUGGAUCGCCGGUGUUGUGGUCGGCUGCAUAGUACUGCUCGCCAUUGUGGGUACAAUUGUUUUUCUCGUCUGCCAAAAAAUGAACACCAAAAAACAACGCACGGUGAACGUGCAAAUGUCAAAUAACUAUCAGAGUAACUAUAGAAACAACACACGAAGACAAAAUAAUUUAAAUAACCAGAACAUGAUAUAUACUACAAAUAUGUCCGGGAACAACACUUUACCACCACCGCCACCAUACAGCCAGGUAUAUACCGCACCAGCUCCUGCAUACAAUAUGAAUCCGGCCUAUCCGGCUCCACCGCCGUACCCUGGGUCACCUCUACCGGGAUCGAACGCGUAUCCUGUAGGUAACAACGGAUUUCAACAGUCACAAACACAUAUGACGUCACAUGCGCAAAAUACCAAUGACAUGGCAUAUCCGCCACCUCCCGUCUCCUAAACAUGCGUUAAAGCAAAAAAGAAUUGAUUAGGGUCGAUUUUUCUAACAUUUAACCAGCAGGUUUCUUAAAAUGAUACAAUGAUUAAGUAAAUACAUUACAUGUAUCUCUGAAGCUUUAAAUGUAUUUUAUUAAUUAUCAAAUUCUUACAUAUAUUCGUUAAUUAACACUUUUUUACUACAGAUAUUACAAAUACAAAUAUGCAUUAUUAGAGGUAAACAUAACAAUAUGCCUUUGUGAGGACCACUGCAAAGUUUAUUUUAAUAACAUUUCGAUGAGAUCAAAAGGUCAGUCAAAUGAAUUGAAAGAUAUUACGGGUUACAUGAAAAAAAAUCAACAGACAAUACUACUUGUUUAUUAUAUACUUAUAAAUGAAAUAUUGAAAAAUAUUAAUGAAAAACAAUGAGUAUUUCCAAUUUCUGUAUUUUCACCGUAAAGUGAAAGUGAAACAUAUUUUCUGUAUUUUCACUAAAGUCUUGUGUCUUGCCGAACUACUUUUUUCUAAAUUUAGCCAAUACAUAAAAAUCUCAGUGGUAUUCUUUCAAAUUAUAAUGUCUAAAAAAUAAAUGAAAUAAAAAUGUAUAUAAUAAACAGAAAAUUCGAGUUUUUCUUUAAACACUGGAUUUAUUUCCAUCUUGUGAUUUGAAAAUUAUCAUAUUUCAUACCACUCGGUGAAAAUAAAUCUUGUAUUUAUAGAAAAAAAAUUGAAUAUUCUCUAUAAAUCCUCUUCUAUAAAAUAUCGAUUUGUGUAUUUGUAUUAUAUUCUUACAUAUACUCUGACCGUCAACUUUUGACUUAGUUCUGACAUACAAUAUUGUUAUUAAGUUAAACAAGAAAAAACUUGUGAGGAUUUUUUUUGACUCAUUAACAUCAUUAGUUGGUAAAAUAAAAUGACAGAAUUUGUCACUGAUUAACAUGAUCAGUGGUAAAUUCAAUGAUAUUACAUGUAUGUGAUAGUGGUGUUGUUUCCUGUGUUUGUAGAAAAUUGUCUUCUUUUUGUUCGUAUUUCAUUAAUUUAUCAUUAUCAUUUUCAAACAUGGUUUUUUGUACCAAAAUGUCUGCAUUUACUUUAAAAAGUACUUAUUUCUUUUAAGUUAAAUAAGUAUCUCUAUUUUCUUUUAUAUAAUUCUAAAUGUUAUACUAUAUUUGUUUUUAUAAUAAAUUAAUAACUAUUCUACUAUUUAGUCUAAAUUGACCUUACGUUAUGUAUAUUUUAUAAUGUGGUCCUUUUUUGUGUAAUUCCAAAUUUUGCAUUUGCUGUAAUAGCAAUUACAUGUGUAUAUAUGCAUGUAUGUAUGUUUUUUUUUCUGAUAUUUCUGUUCUAUGUGCUUUUUUUAUUCACAUGUUAAAAUGCAUUUAGAAAUAUUUCUUUAUAUCAUUUCUUGUGUUCAGUUAUACAUAUACACAGCUUUUUCAUUCUUUCAUUAAUAGUUUUUUUGUCUUUAUCUGUUUGAUAAGUGUGUUAAGGUGAUCUAGCUGGCCUAGAUAAAAUAAUUCACCUUUAACCUGUCAUCGUCGGAACGCACGGUACACAUUCCGUAUAUACUACGGAAUACUGUAUACUGGUAUACGGUAAAUAGCCCGUAUUUCUUAAAAGUUGUUCGUUAUCAUUUUUUGGAAAGUUAGAAAAAAGUUAGCCAGUCAUCAGUACAGAAUCUGGUCAGUCUGAACGGAUGGACAGGCUGGACUGGCUCUAUACUGACCUUUUUCGAUUUCACAGGUUAAAGGUUUUAAGUAUUAUCAUUUAUUUCUACGACUACUAAAUAAAUUAAAUAAUAUUUCUGGUAAA